AUGGACCUGGAGCAGUCCGCGGGCACAAUUGCGCCACCCAGGGUUCCGGACAAAAGCAAGAAGUCGAUUGAGCCCUCACUGGAAGAGGAACGUUCGAUUCGCCAUGGAGAGAACGACCUGCUGGGCGGAGAGAAUGUGGAUGCAGUGUUGGCGGCAAAAAUGUGCUUGGUGAAUGAUGCCAUCGAUGAGAUUGGCUUCACGCCCCACCACUGGAAGCUAUUCUGCUUGAACGGAUUCGGCUAUGCUGUUGACUCGCUCAUUCUGCUGAUCCAGUCGGUGAUUUCUAUCCAAGCACGAAAGGAGUUUCAUCCCAGCUACCAGACUGGCCUGACAAUUGCCGUCUAUGUCGGUAUGCUUGUCGGCGCCGUUUUCUGGGGAUUCUCUGCCGAUAUCAUCGGACGACGCUUUGCCUUCAAUGUUUCGCUGUUCGUUUCGGGCAUUUUUACCGUUGUCGCGGGCGCGUCGCCAUCCUGGGUUACCCUGGGUCUCUUUACCUGCUUGAGCGCAUUCGGCGCCGGAGGAAAUUUGGUGCUCGAUACCACGGUGUUUUUGGAGUACUUACCGAGUCAGAAUCAAUGGCUCCUUACUCUAAUGGCUGCUUGGUGGGGUCUGGGUCAACUGAUCGCCGGCCUAUUUGCUUGGGCCUUCCUUCCGAAUUUCUCCUGCGAAGAGGCCGCCUCGUGCACACGAGCCAAUAAUCAAGGCUGGCGUUACGUGUGGUACACCUCUGGAGCCUUCGUCCUCGUUCUCUCCAUCUUGCGUAUAACUAUAAUCAGGUUACAGGAGACGCCCAAAUUCCUCAUUGCCGAAGGAAAGGAUGCAGAUGCGGUUCGCGUUCUUCAGAGUAUUGCUACCCGAUACGACCGCCCUUGUAGCCUUACUAUCGAACGGCUGGAAGCCUAUGGACCCUCUCAGAUUCGCAAGACAAGUGCAGUUGGAUUGUCCCAAAGAUUGAUCUCACCAAAAGAACUGGCGUUCCAUUUCAAAGGGCUUUAUGCGACUCGCAAGAUGGGGUUGUCAACUACGUUGGUUUGGUUUUCCUGGCUUCUCAUCGGACUUGCCUACCCGUUAUAUAACGUGUUUCUGCCCACCUAUCUCGCAACACGUGGUGCUAGCUUCGGAGUAUCAAGUGAUUACAUCACCUGGCGAAAUUAUGCGAUCAAUAACACUUGCAGUAUCUUCGGUCCGGUUCUAGCGGGACUGAUGUGUCGCUCUUCCUGGUUCUGGGGUCGCCGCGGAACUAUGAUCAUAGGUGCUUUGGUGACAAUGAUUUUCUUUUUCUGCUACACUCAGGUACGCACGGAAAGUGAAAAUGUCGGGUUUUCAUGCGCAAUCUCGUUUUGCCUCAACAUCUACUACGGCACGCUCUACGCGUACACACCAGAGGUCUUUCCAUCCGCCCAUCGUGGGACUGGCAAUGGAGUUGCCAUAGGAUUAAAUCGAAUCAUGGGCAUUGUCAGUGCAGUGGUAGGGGAAGCCGCGAACACAGAUACACCGGUCCCGAUCUACAUCUGUGCCGCUCUCUACAUUGUCAUGGCAAUUGUAUCCGCUCUACUUCCAUUUGAGCCCUAUGGCCGGCGAAGCAGCUAA